AUGAAUCGCGAAAGCCUGUACGGGGCUGGCGACGUUGAUGACGAUGACGAAGAAGACGAUAUCGGUGAAGACCUGGAAGAUAUAAGACGAGCCUGUAUGGUUCCCGAUGCCAAUUCCGAUGAUAUUACCGCAAAAACCGAUUCUGUUGGAGCGGAUGGAGGCGGUGGCGGCGGGAUGCCGUCGGAUUCGGAGAACGAAGACGAUUUAGAGAUGCUUCGUAGCAUUAAGAGCCAAUUAGCAUCGUCGAAGGAUGUGAAUUUGUGCAAUGGUCCUCCUAUUGGUUUAUCAGUGCCCUCGGAUUCGGAGAGUGAAGACGACUUCGAGAUGCUUCGGAGCAUUAAGAGCCAAUUGGCAUUGUCGAUGGAUAUGUGCGUUCCUCCCAUGGGUUUAUCCGACGACGAUGAAGAGGAUGCCUUUGAAACCCUUCGCGCUAUUCGUAGGCGAUUCUCUGCUUAUCACAAUUUCGAUGCAGAAGGAAAUUUCAAGAAUGAAUCUCCAAGGAAGAAAAAGCAGGUACAUGCCUCGGAUAAUGAACCUUCAAGCGAAAUAUUGAGUAGAUCUAAUACUUAUGAAAGCUUUCCAGAUCACGGGAAAUCAGUUGUCACAGUGCCAGAUUCAGGGGAAGCACAAGCUGGUCAUUCUGAUGACGUACAUGAGAAGACUGCCCUUGAGCCUCUUGAUCAGCUGGAAACGUGCCAAUUACCUCUUCUGCCAGCUGCGAGUUCAAGUUUCCCUGAAUCUGCACAAGCCUUUGUUGAUGCAAUCCGGAGGAACAGGUCAUAUCAGAAAUUUCUUCGAGGAAAAUUGAGUAAAAUCGAAGCAACAAUCGAGCAGAACGAGAAACACAAGAAAAAUGUUAAGAUAGUUAAAGAUUUUCAAGCUUCUUGCAAGAGAAUUACGAAACAGGCACUUUCUCAGAGGAAAGAUCCUCGUGUUGAAUUAAUCUCAGCACGGAAAUCUGGACCUCCUGAUAGCUCCGAGGGUAAUGAUAAAAAGACAUUUCCUUUGACAUUGGGUCCUCCGGAAAACCUUUGUGUUUCACGUUAUAGGAUGGCUCUAGAGAAAUAUCCAGUUUCAGUGGAUCGCAGAAAUUGGUCUACUGAGGAGAAUGAAAAUCUUGCAAAAGGUCUAAAACAGCAAGUUCAAGAAACACUCAUUUAUGAAGCUAUUGACCAGUCCAGUGACUUGGAAGGACCUACAGGUGAUAUAAACUCCAUUCUUGAAUCGAUAAAAAAUCUUGUGAUCACACCAGAAAUGAUUAGGCAGUUUCUUCCGAAAGUUAAUUGGGAGCAAUUGGCCUUGAAGGACCGCUCUGCUGCAGAAUGUGAAGCUCGGUGGAUGAGCUCGGAAGAUCCAUUGAUUAACCAUGGUUCAUGGACUGCAGCGGAGGAAAAAAAUCUAGGGUUAAUUAUUCAAAAGAAGAGUUUUACAGACUGGCUUGACAUUGCGGUAUCACUAGGGACGAAUAGGACCCCAUUUCAAUGUUUGGCUAAAUAUCAAAGAAGCUUGAAUCGAGGCAUAUUGAGAGACAAAUGGACUGCAGAGGAAGAUGACCAACUCUGUGCUGCAGUAGACUUAUAUGGCGAGAAGGACUGGCAAUCUGUUGCAAAUGUAUUUGAAGGAAGAACUGGAAAACAGUGCGCUACUAGAUGGCAAAAGACGCUGCACCCUACCAGAAAAAGGGUUGGAAAAUUUAACUCAGAGGAAGACAAACGUGUGAAAGUAGCUGUGACACUCUUUGGAGCUAAAAACUGGCAUAAAAUUGAACAGUUUGUUCCUGGACGGACCCAGGUUCAGUGUCGAGAGAGAUGGGUAAACUGUUUAGAUCCCAAAAUAAAUUUCGGGAAGUGGACCAAGGAAGAGGAUGCAAAGUUGAGAGAAGCAAUUAAAGAAAACGGAUAUAGUUGGUCCAAAGUCGCUUCACAUAUGUCUUGUCGUACUGACAGUCAGUGCCGUAGGAGAUGGAAGAGUUUAUAUCCUCACCAAGUGCCUCUUAAACAAGAAGCUAAUAGGUUACGAAGAGAAGCUAUUGUAGGUAAUUUUGUUGAUCGGGAAUCAGAGCGUCCUGCUCUUGCCGCAGACGAUUUUUUGGCACUACCCGAGAUGUCUCUUGAGCCAGAACCCGAAGUUGUUACCCAGAAGAAGAAACGCAAAGCAAGACCGAAGAAAUCAGAUGCAGAAUGCGAGAGCGAAACAUCUUCUGCUGCUAUAGAGAGACAACCAAAGAGACGAAGAAAAGGAUUAGAGCGAUGCUCAGGAGAUGUAUGUAGACUAGAGAAUGAGAAUGCCUGUGAAACUGAUUCAACCAAUGGAGGAGAGGUUGGGUUGUUGGAAUGGCAUAGCGAGAUUCAAGACAAUGUAAAGAAGAGACAAAGACGAUAA